CGACACUUGGCUUAAGUGUGUAAUUUAAAUGAUGAUAAAUAGCAGAAUUAUAGUUUUUAGUGAGCGUUUUUGGAAAAUGACUAAUAAAUGCUGAAGCUAAAGGUAUAGGAGUGGAAUCAGGCACAAGUUUGUAAUAUGAGACCGUAAUUUUACAGUGAAUGAACAGAAGCUGCGACUUAUUUUGGUGUCAAAAUAAGCACAGUAGUUUUCAGUCAGUGUACUUGGAAAGAAUUAACAAAAAAUAUUUUUAAUAGAUUUUCAAAUAAUGAGAUUGUUGUAUUUGUAUUUUGCUCAGAUGUUGUGUACGGGUUACANNAACACAGUUAUCAUGCANAGCAGUCAACACANACAUCCACAUGAGAAGUUGCACNGAGCACAACCCCGUUUUUGAUCANGGUUGAUCAANGAACCAAGAAACUGCAACUACAAAUCGCAGUCAGUGAUAUGUGACAACAUGCCUGGCUGGUUACGAUUGGAAUUAAUAUCUUGCAAUGCAGAGAUGAUAUCGGUCAAACACAACAAUAUGACAGAACUACGACCUUAUGUAAUGCAAAGAUUUAAUGUUCUGAAAUCUUUGGACAUCUCCAACAACAAAGUACGAACACUGGAAGGAAGUUUGUCUCGAAACAGGAAACUUAUUUUGUUCCUCGCUGAUGAUAAUAUGCUUGGUGGGGGUCGGGGGUUCCAAGGUGCGUUAAGAGGAGCAUUUGUAAGAAAUCGGAAACUACGCUUUGUCAGUCUCAGGAGAAACAAGAUUGUAAAGUUAACAAGUAGAUUGGCUCAUAGAAAGAACCAGUUGAUGGAGUUACAUCUGGGAGAAAACCAGAUCGAACGGGUUUACAGCAGAACAUUCGCUUUACUUGGUAAACUUGAACAACUGGGAUUACACGGAAACAAAAUAUUCUUUGUUCAUAAAGAUGCAUUUGUUCAUAACAGAAAGCUUCAACAACUUGAUCUUUGUGGGAAUUUGAUCCGAUUUAUCGGGAAAAACCGUCCUCUCAACCUCCGGAACAACCCGGGAUUAAUUGACCUCCUCCUCACUGAUAACAAGUUGGAAAGCAUAUCUGAGAUUGACAUGAGCGGAUGUAAACAACUUGAACAUCUCGACCUUUCAUUGAACAGAAUACAAAGAAUAGAAGAAAAUGAUCUAAGCAACAAAACGGAGUUAGCUAUUUUAAACAUUUCGUUUAACCAUAUACAAGAGAUUGCUCCUGCAUCGUUUUCCACUCUGUUGAACUUGCAUACUUUAGACUUGAGCAAAAAUCAACUAACAUCAAUUCACCAUCAAACAUUUAGUAAUCUACCAAACUUACAGGUUUUAUCCCUUGCAUACAACAGUCUCACUGCCAUCGCAGAAAAUACUUUUAUAAGAAACGGUCGUUUGGUUGCAUUGGACCUAAAAAGCAACUCACUGUUGGCAUGGCAACCAGCCACCAUCUAUAGCAACAUAAACAUGAGGUAUCUUGACCUUCAAGAAAAUCAGUUUGCCGUAAAUAAAACAUAUUUUGCUGAUCACGGGAGGCAUUUCGAUGUCGGUGAUUGGGCGAGUGAUUUUCAUGAUGGUUCAGAUGAAGAUGAAGAAAUAAGGAAUAUUCACGUGACACUCAACAAAAGGGUGUUUGCAAGGUUACAGUGUCUUCGUUUGUCAAACAAUACCCUUGCGUUGCAAGCUGUUCGUGCAAGUCAGAAACUUGGGGUUCAAUUUUAUGCCGGGUCUACACCAUGUAAAGUUCGUAUUGAUAACACUGGUCAUGUGUUUAGAUGCGGUUGCUCUGCUAUUCAACUGAGAUAUAUGCUCACUGCUUGGAUGAUAAAAUGAGACAAAUAUGUUUCAUAACACAUACUGUUAAAAACAGGAACAGUGAACCAGUUUAUCUAUUUUCAGUUUUUUAUCAAGUGCCAUGUGUUUAAACAUAGAUGUAUAUGUUUGUAGUCUUUGUAGAAACGGUUGUUGCAUGUGUUUUAAUGUAUAUGCACUGUUUAUUUCAAUGUAAAAUUCUGUCAAAUGCAAUUGGACCAGUUUACCUUGUAAAUCCAAGUAAAUCUAAAAGGUUUAA